AUCAUGGUCGUCAUCAGCAGCAACAUGGCGGGGGAGGAGGACACUUGUUGACGGCUGUGUCCUAUUUCUGGCCCUCCUGCUCGCCCUGGCGCCUGCGAGCACGUGCAUUAUGUGACUAAGGAAUGACAAAGGCUGCGGGAUGAGUGGGCUGCGUCGGCUGCGGGUGAGGGAACUGCACCCCAACCUGCUCUGCAUCCUGUGUGGUGGCUACUAUGUGGAUGCCACCACCAUUGUCGAGUGCCUCCACUCCUUUUGCAAGACCUGCAUUGUCCGCUACUUGGAGUCAAGCAAGUUCUGUCCAAUCUGCGAUGUCCAAGUACACAAGACCAAACCACUGCUCAGCAUCCGGCCAGACAAAACACUGCAGGACAUUGUAUACAAGCUGGUGCCGGGCCUUUAUCCAAACGAAAUGUGUAAGCGGCGGGAGUUCUACUCAAGUCACCCAGAGACACCCCCAGCCACUCUUGAAGAUGGGGGUAGUGACUUGGGCAGGUGCUACACCCUGCCUGAUGACCCUGUCUCCUUGGCCCUCUACCCUGCCUCUGCCUCCACCUCCCUUACCAGCUCCACACACCACUCAGGCUUCAAAAACCAUGUCCAUUUGCCCUCCAACCCCUCCAAGAUGACUCGUUCCUUCCAUCAGAAGUCCUCUGAGAGCAGAGUCCGGUACCUGCAGUGCCCAGCUGGGGUGAGUGUGGCACAACUCAAGAGACUCAUCCGGGCCAAAUUUGGUGUUGGUCCCGCCCAUCCAAUGGCCCUCCUCACCUGCACCAGUGAAGAUCCUUUGCAUGACUCCCUCACGUUGGUGGAUGUGGCCUACAUUACCUCCUGGCAACGGAGUGAACCACUGCAGCUGCUUUACCGCAUUUAUGAGAAGGCUAGCAAAAAAAUCAAGCUUGACCCUGAGGUUUGUGUAGCUGAGUCUCACAGCUCAUGUGAGGAGAUGCCCAAACUGGAACCCAGUGUUGGCAGUGGGGCACCAAUGUGUACAACACCUCAGGGUACUGUUGCUGACUAUAGCACUGCUCCACUUCUUCAGGCUGUUGGGGCUAUUGACUCCCCAACAGAGGAGAGGCCUUCUAAGACUGGAGCAAGGAAGACUGUGAAGCAGCCUGGGAAGUCUGGUGAAGGACCUACUACUACCCAGCAGGAAUUUCUCUUUGGGAAGGUGUCCAGGCCUGCUGGGAUGGUUAGAGAUACCCCGCUCAAAGACACUCAAGUGAUACAAAAUUGUGAUUCACUCUUAGAAAUGUCACAGGGUAUGACUGGGAGUGUGGCUGCCCAGGCAGGAACUGUAGAACCAGUUGUGACAUACCCAGGUAUGUUUGCAGCAUCCAGCAAUGGAGUAAGUGUUGGGGUAGCAUUGGUUUCCAGUGAACUAGGGCUUUUGGCACCCACCAAUGUUACAUGUGCAAUAAUCCCAGGUGCUGCUGCCAGUCUCCCUGUUCUUUGUGGAGCUGGGGGAGAUUGGAGUGUAACAGGACCUCAGGCAGGGGGCCAAGUGGUAACAGCAGCAGCAUCAUUAACUGUAGCAGCAACAAGUGAGAGGGGACCACAAGUGCCUGGGGAGGCUGGAGGCUCCAACAAGAAGGGAGUUUCUGGAGAAGAGGAGGAAGGGGAAGAAGUGCAGCUGAAAAUCAGUGAGUCUGGUGUAAUGAGUGUGUGUGGGAAGGACACCACUGUGGAGGGUGUGCUCAAUUCCCUGGAAACUGAAGCUGGGGAACUCCUUUCCAAGAUUGAAAGUGGUUCUUUGGGGGAGGAGUUCCCAUCUGUAAGCAGUCCCAAGAAAACUGAGAAGAGGAGAUCCAAGAGCAAGGUUAGUGGCCAAGGCAAGGCAGCCAGCAAGACUGAAGACAGAGGAGAUAAGUGCCAGCCUCUGAUAAAGGGUGACAAAUCAUCAGCCUUUGCAGGGAAGAUUGUAGAGAUGGACUACAAAACAACAGUUGAGACCUCAUUAAAGAAAGACUCUUAUGAAGCUGCCACUAUCACCACCACAAUGACCACCACUACCACCACCACCAUUACCACUGCUACUACCAUUGCUAUUACUUCCACCACAACCACUACCACUACUGCUGUUCCCUUGGAGGCCAGUAGGGAACAGAGUAGCAUUAAUGGAGAAUGGGCUGAGUCCACAGUUAGUGCAAAUAUGGUGUCUUCAGACGUACCAACACCUGGAGAGGAGUUCAGCAGCUGUAAAGAAUCAAAAGAUGAAGCAGCCAAGAGCUCCCGUGCCAGCCAUAUCCCAGCCAGCCUUGCUGCAGCCAGUAUGGCUAAUCUCAACAAGCCCCUCCUUAAGGCUGGUUCCUCCAAAAUGCAACAAAGUGAAGACAAGCACAAGGAGCAGAAACUGAACAGUAGUGGCUUAAACACUAAGAAGGAGGUGCGUCCUGACACACGGUGCCCUGCUGUUGGUGUUUCUGGUGUUGGAGUGGGUGGCUGCCGUAGAACUUCACAUUCCUAUGGCUACAAGACCCUCAAGACUCCUCCUAAGAGCUGGAACCCCACAAUAUCCAGAGAGCAUCUGGCUGUUGGCAAGUCUAUGGCUGGCAAGGGUCCCAAAGAUCCACCUCGACCCAACAAGUUCUUUAAGGCACGUAACCGGUCAGCCUCACUUGAGGCACAGAGUGGGACAGGGUCCAUGCGGGCUGGUGUACUAAAGAUUGAUCCCAAGACUUUGGGCCCCAUCAGUGCCUCUGUACGAGGUGAAGCUGGGGUUGUCACCACCACUUUACCUUCCCAAGCUUCUAGCCUGCCCCCCACUCCUCAGGUGACAACUUUGCAGACUCAAGCUGUGACACUGACACCAGUGCAGGAAAAGUGUGCAGGAGUGCGAGGGGUGACAUCGACAAUUAUGGCGGACACUAUUGAGGUGCCACCCACUUUGAAAAAGGAUGUUGCUUCCACUCCCCAGCAAACAUCCAGUGAAGGCAAGGAAAGUACAAACCACAGUGCAAAAGUUGUUGGAACCACCAUUAUUCAAGACAAUAACACUCCUACUAAGACUGUUAGUAAUCACAACAUUAACAGUAACAACAGCAACAGUAAUAGUAAUAAUAAUAAUAGUAAUAAUAAUAAUAAUAAUAAUAAUAAUAAUAAUAAUAAUAAUAUUAGUAAUAAUUUCAAUAAUAACAACAGCAACAAUAAUAAGUUCAGUAAGGGUGGAAAGUCUUUGGGCAGCAAUAGUGUUAAUACAAGCAAAAAUGUAAAGAUUCAAAGUGUACAAACUCAAGUGAGUGUUGGGAAGAGUGAGUCUAGUAUGUCCAACACUAGGACAGACAAGACUAGCAGUAAGGCUGCAGGGAUUGGGGUUGUUGGCACAUCUAUCCCAACCUCCAGCACCUCACACUCUACUCAACUCAAACUGGCCCCUUGCUCCACUUCGUGCCUCACAUCACAGGUCCAGUUGGACUCUGUGAACACCUUGGCCCUUUCCCAGUUUCAAACCCAACCCCAUCCCCAGGCCCUCCCACAUUCUCACACUCACCAUCAGAGCCAGUCCAUCUCUCUGCCCCAGCAAUCAACGCAGCCACAGCCACAGAUACAUCCACUGUCUCAGCACCAGUCCCAGCCACAGCUCCAAACUCAGCUCCAGCCCCAUCCUCAGCCUCAACUCCAACUCCAGCCACAGCACCAGUCUCAGUCACAGCUUCAGCCACAGCCACAGCCUCAGCCUCAGCCUCAGCCUCAACUCCAGCCCCAGGCCCAGCAGCAGCUUGCUAUUGGUUCUCCGGCCAUUGGAAUUAUACCUUCAAGUGGAGUGUCCUUCACAGGAGCCAUUGGUACCCUGCCAUUGCCUUAUUACACAAGUCCUCCACUUGGUUACCCUACUUACCCUUACUUUUACCAGACCCCAGAAGCUAUUGGUCUUAUACCUCCUUCCUUCUUCUCACCUUGUCUUCCUCCACGCUCUCCCCUCAGCUCCCGUACCAUUGGGGGCCCCAAGAUUAUGUCAGAGCUGCCGCUGCAGCUACCCAUGACAUCUGUUGUAUCUCAGGGCCCAAGUCAGGCCCAUUCACCUCGCCCCAUGACCCCACCAUCACCAAGAACUUCAACCCCAACCCAGCCUUCUCGGCCUUAUCCACCCCAUUCCCCUCGCCAAUCAUGCAUCAACCCAUCAUCACAACCUCACACACCACAGUCCCCUAAGCCUCUUGCACCAGCCCAGUGUUCCAAGGCCCCUGCUCCACCACAGUCCCAGAAACCCCACACAUCAGUGAUGUCCUCCAAGUCUCAUGGCUCCUUACAUUCCCCUAAGCCUCUUGCCUCAACACAGUCUCAAAAAUCUCUUGCCCCAACACAGACCACCAAACCUUAUACUUCUGUACAGUCUCCCAAAGCUCCUACACCAGCACAGUCUCCCAAGCCCCCCACUCCAUCACAGUCCCCAAAACUGCUUGUCCCACCACAGUCCCCUAAACCUGUUGUCUCAGCAGCCUCAGCACAGUCGCCUAAGCCUCUUGUCCCACCACAAUCCCCAAAGUCCCCUGCACUUGCUCCUGCCCAGUCCCCCAAAUCUCCUGCUCCAGCAUCCUCUCCUAAGCUUCCUGCUAGAGUUCAGUCACCCAUGCCCCAUGCUCCACCACAGUCACCCAAGACCCCGGUCCCUCCACAGUCACCCAAGACCCCUGUCCCUCCACAGUCACCCAAGCCACACACACUCCAGUCACCCAUGUCACACACAACGCAGUCACCUGCAUCACACACAACACAGUCACCCACAUCACACACAACACAAUCACCUGCAUCACAAACAACACAGUCACCUGUGUCACACGCAGCGCAGUCACCCAUGCCACACACAGUACAGUCAUCCAUGCCCCCUAUCCCUCCACAGUCACCCAAGCCACACACACUGGAGUCAUCCAUGCCAUAUACAACACAGUCACCUAUGCCACACACAACACAAUCACCUGUAUCACAUACAACACAGUCACCCACGCCACAUACAACACAAUCACCUAUGCCACAGACAACACAAUCACCUGUGUCACACACAACACACUCACCCAUGCCACACACAGCACAAUCACCCAUACCCACUGCUCCACCACAGUCAUUCAAACCACACACACUGCAGUCACCCAUGCUCCCUGCCCCACCACAGUCACCCAUGCCACACACAACACAGUCAUCUAAGCAUCACACAACACAGUCACCCAUGCAUCUCACCCCACCACAAUCACCCAUGCCACACACAACACAGUCAUCCAAGCCUCACGCAACACAGUCACUCAUGCUCCCUGCCCCACCACAGUCACCCAUACCACACACAACACAGUCACUCGUGCCCUUUGCCCCACCACUGUCACCAAAACUCCUCACUUUAGGACAGUCUUCCUCAUCUCCCAUUCCUCCACAGUCACCCAAGCUUCCCAUGCCAGCACAUUUCCCUAUAGUUCCUGUUUCUCCACAGUCACCUAAGCCUCCUAUUCCAGCACAAUCUCCCAUGGCUACUGCCCAGUCCUGUUCUCUUAUACAAUCCUCCAUGGGUUCUGUCCCACCACAGUCUCUUGUGACACCUGUCUUACCACAAUCACCCAUGCCCCAUGUUCCACCACAGUCUCCUAGGCUCCCUAUCACUGCACAGUCUCCUAGACAUCCUACCAUACCACACUCCCCAAUGCUUUCUUUCCCACCACACUCUUUAAGGCCCCAGAUGCAGUCUCCCAAGCAGCUGCCUGCUGCCCAGUCAGUGGCCAUCCAGGCCCAGUCUCCCAAGCUUAAUUACACUACUACUUCAGGUCAUCCAAUAACCUGCACAACACAACUCUCACAACCCAGCCACUCAGAUAAAAUGGCCCUAAUUCCUCAACAAAUGAUCUCUUCCUUCAGAUCUGGCCCUCAGUCAUCUGUAGUGUCAAGUUCUGGAAGCUCUUUUUGUCCAGAAAAUUCACUUGGUAAAUUAGAUGCAUGUUUACAGACACCAUCAUCCCUUCCCUCAGCCGUUGCAAAAGAUGUGAGUAAUUCUUUUGAUGUUUCUAAAUCUGUUUUACCACAGCCAUUAAAAUCUACCAUUGGUAGCCAACUAACUUCAUGCAGUUUGUUGCCCAUGACAACAAGCUGUUUUCAGUCUACUGUACCUACUAUGUCACUUCCUUCACAAACUUCCAAGCCUACAAGACACCAAGUUACACAGGCACAUACUUCUUUGAAUUCUGUUUACUCCAUUGGCUUACAAGUCUCUGAUAAGGUGUCUCAAUUGAAUGCACAGCAAAUAAUUUACCAAGGAACACCAUCAAACUCCAGACCUGAAUUCAGAAAAAACAAUACUAACAUAGAUAACACCCAAGAACCAAGAUUGAACCACAAUUCAGAUUGUACUGUUCGAGUGUCUAGCUCUGGCUCUGUCCCAGUUGUGGCUUCAUCAGUAUUUCCAACCAUUUCAGUGCCUGAUAAAGGACUGAGCUUGCCACCUGCUACCACUUUUGGGAGUGGUUAUUACCCCCUUGGUCUUCACCAGUCACUCUCCUCAAACUGUAGUCAUACGUGCACAGACAGUAUUAAGACCAAUCCUCUUACAAGUUUGGCUGGUGCAUCAGUGGCCAACACAUCUCAUACUACAUCAACCCUUUCUUUUCCCACUCAUUCUAUGGUUAGCCUGCCAGUGUCUUUGGCUAAUGUGGCAACUGUUACUGCCAUUCCUUCUCUUUCCUCCUGUCAAGUCUUGUCUGCCUCAAUGAUGUCUUCAGGUACUACCUUGACUUCUAGCUUGGCCUCUCCAGCUCCUUCCCCAAAAAGUAGUGCCUCCACUUUGCCUACAUCAGCAGACAGUAGUAAAAAGACAACCCAUACUGCAAAUGCUACUGACAAACUGCUCUCAGCAGUUCCCUCCAGCUGCAGCAGUGUUGUUGAUACUGUACCUUCUAACACAACAGUUGCUGUGACAGUUUCCAUUAAUGCAACAAGUAAUGCUAUCACACCUGUAAAUACACUUGCAACAACAUCAUCAUCCAUUACAAAUGCAGAAGCCUUACUAUCGUGUUGCACAGCACUUGCAACAUUACCUGUGAUUGGUUCAGGCCCUACUUUGGCAGUUAGCUCCAACAUGUCUUUAUGCACUGCAGCAAGCACCACACCUCCACUGAGUAGUGUGGUUACUGUACCAGAAGAGAGAACAGCUACUGCACUACAGAAGAAUGUAUGUAGUUCUGCUGUGUCUAUGAGUAGUUUGACAGACACAGCUGCCUCCACUGUAGGUGCCAGAACCUCCCCAGUGACUACCUGCUCUGGCGAGAACACUCUGAGAGGAAGCUCAGCUGCCACUGCCACUCAGGAAGGAGUUGGUAGUGAUAGUGGUGGUGGAGCUGCUGCUGUCGACUCAAAUGAGGGCUGCAUUAAACCACCAGUCCAUCCUUCAGCUGCCACUAUGUCAGUGAGCAGCAGCAGUAAUAGCAGAAGCAACAACAGCAGCUCUAAUAGUAGCAGCAGCAGUGGCACCACUAUCUCCAUGGCCCACAAUGCUGAAGCAACUGGCUCCUCUUGUGGCACCGCUGGAGCACCACUGCCAGCCAGGAAGGAAGCCUUUCCCCAGUCCCAGAACAGUGGCUGUUCCCUGCCUCAUGGCUCAGUGGGUGAACACUCAGUCUUGAAUGUGAUGGAGAGUGGUGGCUGUGAGCCCCAGUCAAGUGCCUGUACCCCCGUCUGUGAUGUGACGCAUGUGAUUGAUGCCAAACAGCAGUGUGCUGAGCCAAGUGUCAGCAGCAGUGGUGGCCCUAGGCCAUGCCUCAAGAGUUAAAUGUUUCACAGUUUAGGGCACCCAGGCUACUGGCUGCCACAGAUAUAUAUAUAUAUAUAUAUAUAACUAUAUAUAUAGGCAUAUGAAAAUAUUUGAUGUCUCUACAUGCCAUUAAUUUUGUAAAUUGUAAAAUCACAAAAUAUAAUUUUAUUAGUGUGUUUUAAACACUCAUCAAUCACUUUCAAAGUGCUAGUUAGGAAUACAUUUGUUAUUUUUCCACUAUAUGAUGCCUUCCUGUUCUGUACUGUUGACACCAGUGGGAGUGCUCUGGUGAGGCUGUCUUGUCAACUGUGGAAAACAUAUUUUAUUACUCUAUUGGUAUGAUAGUUGAAUUUUCUUUCAUGAAGCAUGAAAGAUAUCCAUUUAAUGAUUAUACAAGUGGCAGUGUUGUGAAUUGCCUCGUGUCUGUCAUGUUUUCCAGAUACUGCUGCAGAAAGCCAUAUAAGCAUUAUACUCAUGCUUAUCAGGACUCAAAUUCUGUAUUGAUAUAUAGCCUGCUGUCUUGAGUGGAAUUAACCUCUUCAAUUUAAUUAAUUGUUACAAGUACAAAAUUAGGAAAAAUGUGAUGCGGUAUUCAAUGUUGACAGGAAGUGGUGUUGGCAAAACUGGGUGUGGCUGUUAGACCCUCCCCUGUUGCAAGACUUGUAGUAUUCAUUUUGUAUUGGUUGUCUUAUGUCUGUCACUCAUAUAGUGUGACCUACUGGAGUGUCCUUAUCAGUUUUAGCACGAAGUUGGCACUUGUGUUGCCUGCCAGCACGAGUGACCCACCACUAGCUUUAACAGAGAGUGGCUGGCUCUCCCACCCACGUGACUCUACUUGAAAGUAGAUUGCUUAAUUAUUGUACAGAAUGAGAAGCUCCAUGAUUUUCUGUAUUGCAUUACAUAGUAUAAAGAUGUGAGGAGAAGGCUGUGUGUUGACUAAUUAUGAUUUGCAGCAGUAGUGGCCUCCUCCUCCCAUCACUCAGUCUGGCUUACUUUGUGAGAUAUUUUUAUUUUUACAUGACAAGAUGGUGAUAUUGUACCAUAGCAACAACUUGUGAAACACUGUGUGAAUGCCCUCCUUAUUCUAUGGUUCUGUGAGACAUUUAGACUCCUUCUGCAGUAACAGCAACUUCAUAUACUCCCACUGACCAAUCCCAGUCCUGCCCCUCCCAAUCACCACCUAUCCCCUAGUGGUUAGCUUCCCUUGUGUGACUUGUCUCAUCCCAUUCCCAGUCAAGUGUUUGCAAGUGAACUUUCAAAUCUAAAGCUUUGAGAGUAGGAACGACAUAGCUUUGAAAAUAUAUAUGCUGUUGAAUUUCUUACUUUGCCAUUUGUACCACAUUGCUUUGUUUAUUGAUCCUAAGCAAUUUGUUUUUAUUGAUACUCAUUCAUUUAUUAUUGCUUCCUUUAUUUGUUUAUACAUAUUUUAGGUGCGUAAAAGUAUAGUAGAUGAGUACAUGUAAAUUUUGUUUAUUAUUAUUAUUGUUAUUAUUAUUAUUAUUAUUAUUAUUAUUAUUAUUAUUAUUAUUAUUAUUAUUAUUAUUAUUAUUAUUAUUAAUGGGAGUUUGAUGUGCACAUGGAAAUGAUCUUUGAUAGUGAUCUAUCAAAUCUCAAUGUAGACUCCUGACAGCACAUGGAAGGACAUUAUCAUCAUCAUCAUCAUCAUCAUCAUCAUCAUGGUAAUCAUCAUCAUUUGGCUAUCUAUCCUAUAUGAAUCAACAACUGGAGGACACACACACACACACACACACACACACACACACACACACACACACACACACACACACACACACACACACACACACACACACACACAUUGAAGCAAGACAGGAGUGUUUAGUUGUAAUGUGUAUUCAUGGCUCAUUCCACUUGAACAUUGGCCUCCCAGUGCAAAGGCUCUCUCCCUCAGCACCACAAGCAUCACAGCCACACAUGCCUACCUAAUUUGUUUUUUGUUAUGGCUGCAAAGUAAUGCAGGUAAUGUAACAAAAUAGGAAAACCUCAUGGCCAUUAGUUUUUUUUUUUUUUUUUUUUUUUUUUUGUGGCCAGCAGCUAGUUUGGCUCUUCUCUAACUGUUUGGAGAGAUGUAGAUUGGUUUUUGGAUAGGGGGAAAUUCAUUAACUUGAGAAUUUGCUUCUUGAGACAAAGCUCUUGAUUUUAAUGACUUUAUUUGGUAAUAUUAUAAGUUUUAUGGGAUUGAUUUUAUGUAUCAGGCAGGUAAGUCUCUCUCUCUCUCUCUCUCUCUCUCUCUCUCUCUCUCUCUCUCUCUCUCUCUCUCUCUCUCUCUCUCUCAUAUGACAUGCUGAGGAUGCUAAUAAUGUUUAUUAGCCAUAGACUUCAGUCAAAAGAUGAAUUGUUGCUAAAAUGUUGAUGCCUCAGAAAUGCUGAACACAACAUCCCCUAUCCCCUUGACAAGUCUAGAAUCUCAUUGGAAUGGCAUCAGUACUAUAGCUUAUGUUAAUUGUGUGUGUGUGUGUGUGUGCGCGUGCGUGCCUGCGUGCGUGCGUACAUGAUUGAUCAACUGAUUGUUUAUUAAAUGCUCAGACUAUAUAAAAAGUAUGUGUGCUUCACCCAUUAUUUAUGUUGUCAUUGAUCAGUUGAUGUGCUUUCCAUUAUUUUCUUGCAUAUGCUUGGUACAACUUACAGGUUUGAGUUGCAAAGAUUUUUAAGAGUUGCACUGUAUGCAUUUCCCUGUGACUGUGGAUAUGGGGAUAGGUAUGGUAUGACCACCACCAUGGAAAGUACUGAAUCUUUUUUCAUUGCAUGAUUGUGGAAAAAAUCUGUUGUUCAGCCAGGAGCUUAUUCAAACCAUAUAAUGGAGGUGAUAAGAAUUCAUCAUAUGAAACUUAAAUCAUGCCAGUGCUAUGGUAGAUCAUGUAUACAAAUAGUAGGUUGCUGUUUGUCCUCCUGAUUUUUUUUUUGAUGCAAUGCAAAAUAUUUUGUUAACAGCCAUGACUUAAAUACCAUUAGAUGUUGUUUGAAAUAUUGGGGAAGAAUGAAGGAAUUCACGAUUUUGUUAUCUUCAUCAUGUUAAUAGUUGAUAAAAUAUUUGAAACUAUUUGAAACUUUGUAGAUCAUGGAGAUGAUCCUUUCAUAUUUCCAGAGCCUUGUUUGUCAACAGCAUGCCAAAACAUUUCCAGAUGAUCAUACAGGAAAAAAUGCAUCCAAGUAGUAGAUAAGUUAUAAAAAGGUAUUUAAUAGAUUUCUUUGUGUGAAAUUUAUUUUUGUUAAGUAAACUUCUUGUGAGAUACUCAGUACUUUUGUGGUGGUGUAAUGUGCAUAACUGAAGUGUUCCAUUAUUGUUUGAUAAGAUGAGGUUCUUCUGAGGCACUGUUGGGACUAAUUUUCAGGGCGAGUCAGCAGAAAGAUGUACAAAAUCAAUCAAUCAUGCCUUUGAGCUGCUGGCUGGCUGGAUGAAUGUAGGGAUGGUAUGUAAUGAAGCUGUGGCUCUGUUGUGAUUAUUAUUCUGUUAUUAUUGCCACUUAUUAUUAUUAUUGUUAUUAUAAUUGCUGCAGUCAAAUUAUGAAUUUAUAAUUUUGAGAUGUGGCUUAAUUUUAUAAGUUCUAUUUUAUGUAAGUGGCAGCUCUUACCAAGUUCAGUUAGAUAGUAAUAUUGAUGUUUGUUUGCAUCUGUUACAUUCUUGACAUAAAAAGGUAGUUUUUGUGUGACAGCCUUAAGCUUGCUAGUCCUUUGCUAAAGUACAUCCCCCAAUAAGAAGCAGGUGCAAGAUAAGAAGAGGGUUGAACAUUUGCACAUUUAUGAAUCUCUUAUGUAAAUCCUAUCUUAGAUUUGAGAUACUUCGGUUGAGGAUGAAACUCAAGUUGUUAAAACUUCUAUGAGAUGUGUCAGAACCCUAGCCUAAUUUUUCUAGUCCAUACUAUUUAACUUUACAUCCUUGAUACUCCUCACCACUCACAUAAUGCCAGUGUCUAUUAGCACUUGUACAUAAGAGGGAAGGAUCAAGACCUGCAUUAUGAAGGCAAGUGACAUUCAAAGAUCUUUUGUAUCUUUUGUAUCACACUUAACUAAGGCUGCUGUUUGCCACCUUAGCUCAUGAAAUUAAUUUUGGUGUGUGGUCAUGUGCCAUGUAUACCGGAGGUUGAUAGCCUUUGUGUUUUUGAAAGAAAUUGAAUUAAAGAAUGUUUGUUUAGAUGUUGACUAGAGUGAUGACAUAAAUGAUGGUCACAGCUGCAGAAUGUACAGCUAAUAAAGAAGCAGUGAAUUGAAUUGCUUGACCAGUGAUGUAAUGAAGUUUGCAUAGACUGCUGUGAUGGCAUCAUUUGUACUUUAAGUACAUCUACCAUCAUUAAUGUUUUGAAUGCCAAUAACCAGAACAGUAUUAGCAGCAUGUUCAGAAUGAAAUUAUUAAAUGAAUAACAGCAAAUAUUACUCAGUAGCAUGAUUACCAUGUCUUAAAUGAUACUGUACUACUGCCACUGGAGGUGAGAUCUUAAUAGCCAACACCAGAAUCCAUCACCCUCCAACCAGCUGCAUCAACAAUCAUACUUGUUUUUUGUCUGUAUGAAAAUUGCAAGUGUUCAGUAAUGCAAGAUUGACUAUCCCCAAUUUAUUAUUAUCAUCAUUACAUAUUAUUGAUUAUUAUAUUUUUAUUAUUAUUUAGUUGUAGGAUCAAUUGAUGCUUCAGCUUGUGUGGCAUGUAAAUUGAAGCUGUUACACUCGCCAUACAUAUUCAUGGUUUGCAAUCACUGCAGAAGUAGACAGGGUUAGAAUGGCCUUAUAGGCUAUAGUAGUUUCCCUCAUUCCAUUGUUUUCUCACUAUUCAUUGCUUUUUAUGCUGCAGCGAACACAGCCCCAUCAUUUCCCCACACUGUUAGAAGCUGUACCUCAGUCUGUUGGUGAGGAUGUACCAUUAUUUUUUAGUUGAUAAUUGCAGAAACUGGAGAAAAAGAGAAAGAUGUAUAGAGACUAGCAGGCCAGCUGGCCCCUCCACCAUGAGCUGUUGAAUCUUAUGGUGGAGAGCAAGGGAGCACUGGGAUAACCAAAGGGAAUGGUUUGUACUUAACAGUUUAUGCCGUUAUUGCAUUUUUAUGAAGAAGCGAGUGUCAAUCAGUAUGAUAGACAUUGUUUUAUUUUAUUUUAUAUUCAUUACUAUUUUAUCAAAUUAAACAAAAGGUUUAAUACAAUUUUAUUGUGCAUGUUACAGAGUUAAGAUAAUUAUAAUUUUAUGCUUGAAUAUAUAUAUAUAUAUAUAUAUAUAUAUAUAUAUAUAUAUAUAUAUAUAUAUAUAUAUAUAUAUAUAUAUAUUUGGCAAAGUGGAGCUUGUGAUGAUACUGAGGUGUAGCAGUGUGUGUGUGUGUGUGUGUGUGUGUGUGUGUGUGUGUGUGUGUGUGUGUGUGUGUGUGUGUGUGCGUGCAUGCGUGCGUGCGUAAUUCUCUCUGUACCUGUUUUUGCUGUUGGACUUGUGUUACAUUUUUUACAUCCAGAGUCUAUGUAUAAUUAAUUUUAUGUAUAUGUCAUGUGUACAGCUAUUCAAAUUUGCUUUUAAUACUAUGUCAUUGCAGUA